AACAAACAAAAAUAAUCACUCGUAUUAAUGAUAUAAUACGAUAACAGGAUUUUAUCCAAAUAUUGAUAAAAAAACAAUAAACAUAGAUAAAUUAUCAAAAUAUUUGAGACAAGACUGAUAUCGAAUGAUAAAAUAAUCAUGUCACAAAGUGAUAAUCAGUUGCAUCCAUUGGAAAUAAUGAAUUCAUCUUCAUCCGAUGCAAAUGUUGUUUCGAAUUCAAAAAAAUCCGAUUCAGAAAAUCAAACACAACGUGAAAGUGAUCAUUUACAAAAGGAUACAAAUGUGACUAGAUAUGGUGUCAUAAGUGAUACUGGAGAUGACGAUAAUCAUCUUGUAGUCAAUGAUGAUGAUGCUGUUGAUACGGUUGGUCAUGUUGAUCCUUAUCUUCAAACAUAUGUAUCGAUACCACCAACGCAAGAUUAUUCAUUUAGUUGGCGAAGAUUAUGGACUUUUACCGGGCCAGGAUUUCUUAUGUCUAUUGCAUAUCUUGAUCCUGGUAAUAUCGAAUCUGAUCUACAAGCAGGAACGGCAACAAAAUAUUAUUUGUUAUGGGUUCUAAUGUGGUCUACGAUAAUGGGAUUGCUUAUGCAACGAUUAGCAGCCAGAUUAGGUGUUGUGACCGGUCUACAUCUGGCCGAAUUAUGUCAUCGUCGUUAUGCAUUUUUACCAAGAAUUUUACUCUGGAUAAUGAUUGAAAUUGCCAUCAUCGGGUCGGAUAUGCAAGAAGUGAUAGGAACAGCUAUAUCACUGUAUCUACUUUCAAAUGGGAAAAUUCCUUUAUUUAUCGGUGUGUUGAUUACAAUUUCUGAUACAUUUACAUUCUUAUUCCUGGAUAAAUAUGGUCUUCGCAAAUUGGAAGCAUUUUUCGGUUUCCUAAUAACGGUAAUGGCGAUAACAUUUGGUUAUCAGUAUUACAUAAUGAAACCAGAUGAAUUGAGCGUCCUUGAAGGACUUUUAAUUCCCAGCUGUCAUGAUUGUGAUUCGGAUACUGUUAUGAAAGCGAUUGGAAUUAUCGGUGCAAUCAUAAUGCCACAUAAUUUAUAUCUACAUUCUGCUUUAGUCAAAACACGUCGAAUCGAUCGACAAAAAAAAGAAGAAAUCAAAGAUGCUAAUCGUUAUGUUUUCAUUGAAUCGGCCAUUGCUUUAGGCACUUCAUUAUUAAUCAAUAUUGCCGUAACAGCUGUUUUUGCUCAGGGUUUAUAUGGAAAAACUAAUUCACAAGUUAAUAUGAUCUGUCGGAAUUCUACAGUGCCUGAUAACGUUUUUCCCAAUACAAAUACCAAGGUUGAAAUUGAUAUCUAUAAAGCUGGUAUCUUUCUUGGAUGCACGUUUGGAAUAGAAGCUCUUUACAUUUGGGCAAUCGGAGUUUUUGCAUCUGGACAGUCUUCAACUAUGACUGGAACUUAUUCGGGCCAAUUUGCAAUGGAAGGAUUUUUAAAUCUUCAUUGGUCAAGAUGGAAACGAGUAUUAUUAACGCGAACAAUUGCCAUAAUUCCUACAUUGUUGAUUGCUUUUCAAAGCAUGUCACAAUUAACAAGAAUGAAUGAUCUUCUUAAUGCUUUGAUGAGUUUACAAUUACCGUUCGCCUUAUUUCCCGUCCUUACAUUUACAUCAUCACGUAAAGUUAUGGGUGAUUUUGCUAAUGGUAGAUUUACAAAAUUAUUGGCCACCGCUCUAUCUGUGAUAGUCAUUUCUAUAAAUCUUUAUUUUGUCUAUGAUUAUGUUCACAGACAUGUUGUUUCACAUAUAUUAGUUUAUACAUUUGUAUUUUUAUUCUUUACAUUUUAUAUCCUUUUCGUUUUAUUUCUGUGUGGUUCAUAUGUGGCCGUACUUGGUUUUGAAUUUGUCUAUAAGAUUCCCUAUUUUGGUCCAUGGUUUAAAGAAUCUGAUUAUAAUGAAUAUCGUUAUAGUUGAUUAGUAGAAAUAGAAAUGGAUAACGAUAGCGAUUGAAAAUGUUGAUUGAAUGUAAAAGAAAACAAA